UUUAAAAAAACUCAAAAACUCCUUCAACUAGAUAGUCACAAUGAAGAGACCUCAAUUCCAAAAUCCACUACCUAUUUGGGGGAGAUUGCCUGCGCUCACGAAGCUGUAACGGUUUAGAGGAUUAAACGCUAUGGCAUUGGAAACAGAGAAGAACAGAUUAGCGGAUUUAGCAGGGAAGGUGGUGUUGAUAACAGGGGCAUCUUCUGGGCUGGGCAGAGAAUUCGCAGUGAGCUUUGCAAAGCAGGGAUGUAAUGUUGUUGUUACAGCUCGUAGGUUGGACCUCCUCCAUUCUCUGUGCAAUCAAAUUGAACAGCUCAAUUCCUCUUCUAAGGCUGUGGCGGUGCAGCUGGAUGUUAGCUCUUCAGAGACACACAUUGAUCUGGCUAUAGAAAAAGCUUGGCAUUCCUUUGGUUCCAUCGACAUUCUCGUUAACAAUGCUGGUUACAGAGGUAGUGUGAAAUCACCACUGCAGUAUGAAGAGGAAGAAUGGAACACUGUGAUAAACACCAACCUGAGAGGGGCCUGGCUUGUUUCUAAGGCCAUUGGCAAUCGCAUGCAAGAUGCAGGAAAAAAGGGCUCCAUCAUAAAUAUCUCAUCUACUGCCAGUGUUAAUCGGGGCAACCUUCCACGCUCCAUGAUCUAUGCAAUCUCCAAGGUUGGACUCAACCAGCUCACAAAGGCCAUGGCACUGGAGCUUGGCAGAUAUGAUAUUCGAGUGAAUUCAAUUGCUGCAGGAUUAUUCAAGUCCGAAAUAACAAAAGGUGUUUUUGAGAAUGAUUGGUUUUAUAAGGUUGCAGAAAGGAUUGUCCCUCUACAGAAAUGGGGAAGUACAGAUCCAGACUUGACAAGUCUCUUGCUUUUGCUUGCUAGCAACUCAUCUUCUUAUGUUACAGGAAAUAUUUUUAUUCUUGACGGGGGUCACACUAUACCUGGAUUUCCUUUAUGGUCAUCACUCUGAUGUAGGAUUCAUGCCAUUUCCUCUGUUCUAUAUCUUAAAAAAUGUUCUUGUGCAGGUACCUUACUUUCACCAGACACUUAUUUUAUCCAUUCAUUAUAUAAGAUAGAUAAAAGGUUGUAUAAAUAUUAUGUAAAAAUUAGCUUACAAGUAUCUGUACGUCGUCAAAUGAUUUUUUUAAUAAUUGAAAGCAGAGACAUAGAUGUGCCUAUGCACGAAUAUUAGAUUUCGUAUAUGUAAUUAGUUCAUCCAGCUCCAGUAUUUGCUUAUGGUAACGUGACAUUGCAAAUGGAAUAAUUUAAUCACUUUGCUAUC